UAGCUUCAAAACUUGGAUCAAAAGAAAUCAAGAGAGAUCUGCCAGGGCAAUGGGACGAGGCAGAGCUCCGUGUUGCCAGAAAAUUGGACUCCACAAGGGCUCAUGGACUCCACAAGAAGAUAUUCGCCUCAUCUCCUAUAUCCGCAAGCACGGCCAUGGCAACUGGCGAGCUCUCCCCAAACAAGCCGGCUUGUUGCGGUGCGGAAAAAGCUGCCGCCUUCGAUGGAUCAACUAUCUCCGCCCCGACAUCAAGCGAGGUAACUUCACCAAGGAGGAAGAAGACACCAUCAUCAAUCUCCAUGGAUUGCUCGGCAACAAAUGGUCAAAGAUAGCCUCAUGUCUGCCCGGGAGGACGGAUAACGAGAUCAAGAAUGUGUGGAACACGCAUCUGAAGAAGCGUGUAAAGCAUGAAAAUUACCCAACACAAUCACCUGAAAUCAUUGCAGCGCAGCCUGAGGCUGCCAACAAAAUCGUGAUCCCCACGGAGCCCCAACAUGACAUGUGGGACAUUCUGGACUCUGUUUUGUCUCCAAAUUUGUCUCCUUUAGCGGCACCGCCGGUCGACGAUGAUGACAUUCUCAUUGAUAUUCCGAUUGAACCGGAGCUUUGGAGUGAUGCCGCCAAUGUCGGCAGUGUGGGCGAAGAGGCCGGGAUGGCCGGCGGCCGCGGUUUGGUCGAUGAGGGCAAGAACUGGCUUGCAUACUUGGAGGAGGAGUUGGAGCUGUUUAAUGAAGCUGAAGAUGAGAGGAGGAUGGAGUUGGUUAGUAUGGAGGAUGGAGAUUUGAUGAGGGGUUACUUUCAUAAAAGGAACUCCUCUCCUUCCUCCUCCUCCUCCUCACCCUCCAUUCCAGAGCUGGUUGACUUUGAUUGUAUUGAUACCUGGUCUUUGGAUAAGUUAAGUAGCAGAGUUCGGUGAAUGAGUGGAAUGUGUAAGUUUGUAGAGACGAAAGAGUUUUCUUCCUAAAUUAUAUAAUGGGACAGUUAUGUAAACGAUGUUAAAAAGGGCUAUUUGGAUA